UUCCAUAGUGUACGAUUUAUUGAACUGUGCAUUAAUAAAUUGUAACUACUUAAGCUUUAUGUAAGAGUUUAAUUAUAACUUGUUUACAAUAUGUACAGUUCUUUUAUAAUAAUGUGUUUUAAGUGAUUGGAUUUUAUUAUAAAGAAACAAAAUGUCGGUCGCAGACAAACCAGACUUAUUGUUUUUCGAUACUUUUUCACACGACACAAGCGAAGAGCUGAAUUUGGAUCUAGUACAAUUUCCAAAAUCUGUAUAUGUGAGGGAGAUUCGAGUGAUACCUUUAGGAGCUAGGGUUGAGGGGGAUUUCCCCGGUGGAGUGCGUCUCGGUGCAACCAACCCAACAAAGUUCCACAUUGACUUUUUUGUCAAUGAUCUGAGCAAGCCGGGCGCAUCAACAUUUGAGGCUCUAGGCAGUUUAGAUUACUGCCAGAAUGGACAAAUACAUAUGGAAUGUGGUGCAUCCCUUGAUCAGCCUCAAAUACCAACAGAUGGACUUGUUCUUAGAGGAUGCUACACUACUAUCACCUUGGCAGUUUACGGCAAUUUGACUCAAAUUUUACCGGAGACAGCAGUAGGCAGCAAUCCCCCAUCCAGUGUACAACGUCAAACAGUUACUCGUGAAGUGGCAGCUACACCUACUGUGCCACAGACGGCUGAAUGGAAUCAGGAAGGAUCCAAUCCUAUCCCUUCCUAUACCGGAAAUGUAGCCACAGGCAAUCCUGAUUCAUAUGGCCCCACAAUAUACCCAGAAAAUUAUGAUAAUCAAAUAUAUAGAAGUGAUUAUUAUGGCAACGAGCCCCCAAAAGAUCCACGGACUUAUCACCACUUGGAUGAUAACAAUUGGGAGAAGGAGCGAAGGGAUGUGAGCUUAGAAAGAGACGGGGACAGGAUUCGUCAUAGCCCGCGUUCCUUGGAACACGAUAGAGACAGGAGGGACGGCAGGAGUCGCAGACGGUCGCUGGAUCGGGGGAGAAGCCGGGAGUCGUCCCGCCACAGGGACCGCAGCCGCGAGCUCGACAGGCUCGAACGCGUGCCUUCUAGAUCUAGGAGCAGAGACAGAGAUUACAUCGUCAAAGGAGAGUACAGGCAACUGAGCCGCUCUAGGUCGCACAGCCUCGAUAGAGACAGAAUAAGAGGCGCCUCCAACGAUCGCGACUGGGAAAGAGGGUCAUAUAAAAAAGACGAUUAUCGUCGACAACGCGACGUGUCCUACGACCGAUCCCGCGGAGGGUCCUACGAACCCCGAUCCCCGUACGAUAAAAGAGCUCCUUCUUACGAACGCAAGAUACCUUACGAUAAAGGUGGGCCGUCUUACGAGAAACGCCUGUCACCCUACGACAAACGGAGCUCGUCGUACGAGCGACGGGCGCCCUCGUACGAGAAGCAAUCCUCGUACGAUAGAAAAAGACAUUCUCCGUACAGUCGAGUGAGAGGGUCCAGCUACGGCAGCAGGUCCCCAAGCCGCGACGACUCACGAAAGAGGCCUCGGACCCCGCCCGGUGAGGCGGCGAGGCGACCGUUGUCUCCGCGAGAGGGCGACGUCUCCAGUCCCAUCAACUCUACCAGGUCGGAAGAGGGCGCCGAUUACGACAGAAGCGGCAAACAAAUUCCUCGUAUCGAUUUCUACCAUCAAAGCUAUCGUCACAAGAGUUCAAUCAGGAGUCCAUCCCAGGAGGUGGACAAUAGCUACCCGCCGGAGCCGCAGCACUCCAGCCUGGUGACCGUGCAGAUAGUGGACAGCGCGCCCGCCGCCAAGCCCCCCGCCAAGCCCCCCGCCAAGCCCCCCGGCUCGCCCAAGGGCGCCCCUCAGGAGGACACCUCCAUGGACGCGGAACAGUUUGAACCCAUUCUUUCAGACGAAGAUAUAUGCGAUGAGCUGGAAGGUCCCUCGUUUAUGGAGGUCGAAUACGACGUGAACGAGUACUGCGGCGUCGACGACAUCAUCAAGUACUACAAUCCCUUUAAGGCAGAGUGGAACCAGUACGAGUUCAAAAACAAAUUACAACUGCUGUCCCCCAGCGCGGCGGAGGGGGUCAGAGACGUUAUGAGCGCGAGCUUCCAGGAGCUCUGCAGCGCCAGCCCGGACCUCUUCAAAAUUUAUGAGAUAACGAAAGUGACGAACAAACGCGACCCGAAAUUUCUCCUGAGCACCUUUGCCGAUAUCGAUAACACCUCGCGGGAGGACUGGGUGCACCACUGCGAGCAGCUGUUCGUCUGCCUCACCAACCUCUGCAGGAACACCGACAUCAUUUUGAGAAUAUUCAGUUGUCAUAACAAAAAUGACACAUGCGAAGAAUUCGGCGAUAUAUAUAAUUUACUAAUUACUUUUAUCAAAAUAGGAUUGAAUUUUGAUUUGGCGCUGGCGCAGCAGCAGCCCACGUACAAGAUCCGGCACAUAAAGUGCGGCGUGCGGCUCGCCGAGGCGCUGCUCGCGCACGCGCACAACGCACGCGUCAUGGAGGUGCUGCUCGCCAACGACGUGGACGUGCCCGCGCGGCUCAUGGAGAUGUAUUCCAAGGAAUAUAUGGCCCUCAGCAUCCGAUUAAUGAUUUUGAAAUCCUUGAACGCCUGCCUGUCCUCCAAAAUAUCGAUCGAACAUUUUAUGAAGGAGACCGUAUUUCCCAAAUUUGACAAAAGCGACGACGCACCCGCGAAGCCCAUGAACGGUUACUGCGCUCUCAUAAGCAUCAUGCAAACGAACCCGCUCGCCAGGAUAAAGUUCGCCCUGAGCUCGCUGAUAAAGAAACUGAAUAUGUACGAGGUGCUGGGAAAACUACGCGAGCUCGUCGCGGAGUUGAACAGGGGCGUGGGCUCGGGCGAGGUGGGCGCGGUGGGCGCGGUGGGCGAGGGCGCGGCGGAGUUCGUGGUGCACGCGCUGGACGCGGCGCUGGGCGCGUACCGCUCGCGCUGCUUCCACCUGUCGCAGCCGCCGCGCUUCCUGCCCGUCGCCGCGCAGUUCGACAUCAACAGGGAUUGCUCCAACGACAUACUUCUACAAUUUUUCAAAAUUCAUCAAACCUUCGAGGUGUGUCUCUACUUGCUCACGUGCCCGAACACGUGCAAUAAUUUGGUGAUCACCAGCCCCAUUCACGAUCUCUUUUGCGAGUUGUUACAUUCGCCGGAGGGCCUCAAUUUUCUGUACAAGAAUAUGACGAUGAGUAAGUUUCUUUUCAAAUCUCUUACACAUCCUUACGGUCAGCAGAACGUCGAGGAGAGCAUUUUCUCGCACGAUUUGAGCAACUAUGAUGACCUGCAGCUGCUGGGGCUUGAACUGGCUUACAGGCUAAGGGCGGUGUACUACUUGCAGUCCAUCUGCGACCUGCAGGUAGGCGAGGGGGACGAGAACGAGCUGAUCGACCGGCUGCAGAGCCUCUACUGUCUCAGCUUCGGCAACGUCGGUAAGACGGCCGUCGCCGACGUCAUCGUCAUGGGCGACAACGCCGACUGCCUCAUGGAGGUCUUCGAAAGUGAUUUGAAGAAUAAAAAUAAAAGCGAUUCUCCAUCUAAACAGAAAUCGCCGGCCAAGGGAUACGCGAUAGAGUUGAUCGUUUCCGCGGUCCGAUUUUCGGCGAACGUACCGUUUUUGAAAAAGUAUGCGCAGAGGUUGAUGAGCGUGGCCCGGGAGCACGAGAAGUUCGAGCCGAGCGUGGCCAGCGUCUUGCAGGAGGUCGCGCCCUACCUCAAGCCCGCGGAAAGGCUGAAUGUCUUCACGGGUGACGACAUGGCGGCCUGCGUAGAAAUUUUAAAGACGAGCUGCGAGCUCGCGCCCGACCUGCCCGGCGAGCUGACCACCUGCCUCAGGAUACUGACACACUUCUGCAUCUCGGACAAGGAGACGAACGUGUCCUUCGUUUCGGAAACGGCCACCGAAGACUUCGUCGAACUCAAAUACAAGUACAACGUUUUGCAACUUUUUUCAUUGGACGGCGUCUCCCACCUGGUCGGCAUCCUAGAUCGCCUCGCUACCCACUUCGAGCAGCCGUGCAUGCACACGGCGUUCUUCGCCUCGAUAAAAGGUCUGCAGCUCGCGCAGAUCCUUUUGCCCUGCCUGCGGCUGCUGGACGAGAUGCUGGCGCGCGUGGUGCGUUGUCGGGGGCCGCGGUUUCGGGACCUGACGGCCGCGCCCGUCCUUCUCAAGACGUACGGCCUCGCCAGGGCCUACCCGGCGGGGUCCAUCGGCUUCCGCACCGCGGCGAGGGCGGCCGAGGCGGCCGUCAAGGCGCUGCUCGCCUACGCUCAGCCCAUAGCCGACGACGCGACCGACGGCGACUCGAUCCGGCGCGGCCCGUGGACCUCCCUGUGCUCCGAGGUGAUCCAGUACACGAUGACGGCGCCCUACACGUUCGUGCCCGGCCUGCUCGUGUUCUCCGAGCUGCUCCCGCUGCCGCUGCCCAUGCAGACCCGCGCUGCGCCCGGCGCCCGCGAGCUGCAGGACGCCGCCAACGAGCGCCGGCUGUGGUCGGCGCACCUGCACGCGCUCGCCGCCGACCUCACCGACAUGAUCCAGAUCAUAUGCAUCUCCACGUACAGGCCGGUGGUGCACAUGCUGCGGCGCGUGUGCGUGCAGAUCGCCGACUUGGCGCCCAACACGGCCGCCACCGUGGCGCGCGCCGCCGCGGGCGCCGUCGUGAAGGAGCUGCGGCCCGGCGAGCCGCCGAGCCCCAGCUGCGCCCGCGUGCUCGGGUUCCUGGCCUGCCUGGUGUCGCACGCGCCCGUCAAGUGCGCAGUGCUGCACACCAUGAACGGCGGCGGGCCGAAGGCGAGCGACCUGCAGGCGGCGCUGUGCGGCGUGCUGAGCCUGCCGAGCCCGACGAGCGAGCAGGUGGCCGCGCAGGAGUUCGCGGCGCACGCGCUGGCCGCCUUCUGCGACAUGGAGGUGACGCUGAUCCCGACCGGAGCCGCGCCCGAGCUGCUGCUGGCCAACUCGAUCCCGAACAAGGAGGCGCUGGCCGCGUUCCUCGAGGCCACGGCCGCCUGCCUCGAGUCCGCGACCAAGACCUCGGCGGUGGCCACGUCCAUCCUGCGCGCCUACUUCGUCAUGACGGAGCACGAGUACGGCUUCCAGCAGUUCAGGAAGUUCAUACCGAAGAGGCGCGAGGCGCUCGGGAAGUACUUCAGGUGGGCGCUGGAGGGCGUGGGCGAGGAGCGGCCGGAGUGCCUCACUCUGUACCUCGACCUGAUCCGCAUCCUGCGCGCCGAGGAGGGCGAGGGCCCGGCGGGAAGGCGCAGCGUGCUGACGCUCUCGGAGGUGGCCGACAUGGUGGGCUACGUGGACCCCGACCCCGACCAUCCCGCCUUCACCUUGGAACAACUUCUAAAGGAACGCAACUCGGACGAGGAGGCCAUCGCGAAUGCGACCUUCUUGGCGGCGCAGCUCCGCCGUCUGCGCGCCUCAGACCCGCCGCCCCCGGACACCGCCGACACCGCUCCCGCCACCGCCCCCGCUCCCGCCCCCGCCCCCGCCCCCGCCUCGCUCGUGGUACAGUUCUCUCUGCGCGCGCUGCACGGCGCGGCGGGCGGGGCGGCGGGCGGCGCGGCGGGCGAGGCGGCAGAGGAGCGACUGAGCGCCGCGUACUGGCUGAACGUGCCCGCGCCCGCCGGCGACGACGACGUCAACGACAGCGAGCUGGUGUGGUGUGACGUGGUGGAGGUGGCGGCGCAGCAGCUGGGGGGCGCGGGGGGCGCGGGCGCGCUGGCGGCGGGCGUGCGGCGGCUGGCGGGCGCCGGCGGAGACGCGCGCGCAGACACGCUGCCCGCGGACAAGCGCCCCGCCGUGGCGCUGAGCCGGGUGCGCGCGGAGGGGGGGGCGGACGCGUUCAGGUCGCGGCCCCCCAACACGUCGCGUCCGCCGUCGCUGCACGUGGACGACUUCACCGCACUGCACCAGCCGUACGCGCUGAGUCGCGGCGGACGUCGAGCUGCGGCGGGCACUGACCGCGGCCGCUUCGCGAGCGCCGCACCUCCGCACCAUCACUACAGACAGCUUCGCGGGCGCGGCGCGUGGGAGCUGGGCCAGCACUUCGGACACUUUGCGCCCGCAGCACAGUACAUGAUGGGUAUGGGAUGGGGCGGGGCUCGCAUGCAGCGCGGCCCGAGACAUCGCGCCUUCAUGCGCUGACAUCAUCUCGUC